CCCAGUCUACCCCUCUCUCCCUCUCAGAUAUUUUCUAGGGCCAAAGUCGCCGCCUUUGGCCCCCAAAAAGAUCCCAAUCUCUCUCCCCUCAAACCCUAGAGAGAGAAAAACGAGAGAGAGAAAAGUUUCGAUCCCACAAUGGACUCCGACCAAGGAAAGCUCUUCAUCGGAGGGAUAUCUUGGGACACCACCGAGGAAAAAUUGAAGGAGUAUUUUGGGAAUUAUGGCGAGGUUCUCCAGGCCGUGAUCAUGAGGGACAAGAUGACGGGGAGGCCAAGGGGUUUUGGGUUCGUCGUGUUCGCGGAUCCCUCGAUUUUGGAUAGGGUUCUUCAGGAUAAACAUAAUAUUGAUGGAAGAAUGGUGGAAGCUAAAAGAGCUCUCUCCAGGGAGGAGCAGCACACCACUGGGCGAUCUGGAAACUCCAAUUCAGGUAGAAUGGGCGGUGGAGCCGGUGGCGGCGGUGGAAACCUUAGGACUAAGAAAAUUUUUGUUGGAGGGUUGCCUCCCACGCUAACUGAAGAUGAAUUCCGUCAGUAUUUCCAAAACUACGGCAACGUUGCUGAUGUUGUCGUCAUGUAUGACCAAAACACCCAGCGACCUCGUGGGUUUGGAUUCAUCUCCUUUGACAACGAGGAUGCAGUUGACCGUGUUCUUCACAAGACCUUCCAUGAACUGAAUGGGAAAAUGGUGGAGGUCAAGCGCGCCCUUCCCAAAGAUGCAAACAUGGGUGGUGGUGCUGGUGGCCGUUCUGCAGGUGGUGGCGGAUCCUAUCAGUCUUAUGGUGGUGGUUCUGGUGGCAAUCCUAGUUCAUAUGACAGUAGAAUGGAUGCAAAUAGGUAUAUGCAACCACAAGCAGCUUCUGGUGGUUACCCUUCUUAUGGAUCAUCAGGAUACGGAGCACCUAGUUAUGGAUAUGGUACAGCAAACAAUGGUGUAGGAUAUGGUGGAUAUAGUGUCGGAGGAUACGGUGGGUCCACUGGUGGAUACGGUGCGCCUUCAGGUCCUUAUGGAAACCCUAGUGCUCCUACUGGCGGUUAUAUGAGUGCUCCACCCGGUGCUCCAAGGAGCCCAUGGAAUAAUCAGGCUCCUACAGGUUAUGGGUCCUCAGGCUAUGGAAUGCUCGCCCGGUAGUGGCGUGGAUCUGCUGCAGGCACUCGACUGGACAUCGCCAUAACAGCCACUGGCUAUGGAAACCAGGGUUAUGGUUAUGGAGGUGGUUAUGGUGGAGUUGAUGCGUCUUAUGGUAAUCAGGGCGGGUACGGUGCUGUUGGUGGUCGUGGAGGUGCUGCUGCAAAUAAUCCGGCGGGUGGUGCAGAACAAGGAGCAGGUUCUGGGUAUAUGGGUUCUAGUGCCGGUGGAGGCUAUGGUGAUGCAAAUGGCAACUCAGGAUAUUCCAACUCUUGGAGGUCUGAUCCUUCACAAGGCGGUUAUGGAGCUGGUCAGGUCGGUGGCCAACCUGGCGGGCCUGCUGGUUAUAACCAGAGAUUGAUGACAAUUGCUCUUGAGGAUGGCUUGCGGAGGAAUCGGAUUUUGUGACGGUUGGAAUGCUCGAAUCUCAGUAGUUUUUAGUAGUAAUGGUAGUAUUAGUUGGGGCUAUUUGUGUGCGUACCAUUGCCUAGUAUCGUUAGUAGUUUGCCUGAGUACUAUUUAUCUUGCUUUGCUUGUUGACUAGUUCUUAAGUUUGGUAUGUUGAGUAUUAUCUGGAUUUAGUUGCUCGUUACCUUGCCUCUAGUUGUAAUGCUAGAGUAGCAUAUUUCAUAAGAUUUGUCUUUUACUUAUCUGGAUAAUUUUAGUUUGAAGUACAAGUUUUAUGGUGUUAAAUGCU